AUGGCGAGACAGUUGGCCUGGAACGACGCGCUUCAGGAUGCAACCAUGUCGGUCAGCCUCGAGCCCUCCUUGAUCGGAUAUAUUUCCAUGGGCCUCGCACUCUGCGGAAAGCAGCAGGUGCACGACGCGAUGGCAGCAUUUGACCUCGCGUUCACGUUCACCAACGCAGAUUCAAAGACAACUCAUUUCCUUUUCUUGAUCAAGGCCAUCGUGUUGUUCAAUGCCAAACCCUGUGAACAGACUGUGCUUCCCGUCCAAGAGCUAGCCGUUCGUCCUAAUGCUGAUCCUCUCGCUUGUCAUGUCGUGGAAGCGUAUAUGCGAGUCCAGCUUGGGACCACUGCCAUGGAUGGCGCUCUUUACAGAGAUGCUGCUGACCACUUUACUGCCGCAGUCAACGCUGGCGCUUUCUUUUCCAAGUUGGACGUCAGUUCUAUAUACGAGGACUUUGUUGUGCUUUUCGGCUGGGACCUCAAAUCCUUGUGGCAAACCGCAAACCAACAACGUUGUCAUGCACUCGUUCGGGCAGGUAAAGUUGGAGCUACCCUCGAAGCGUAUCGAUACAUGAUGGACAUGAGUGAUGAACCCACGAAGGCCAUCUUCCGUGCUUGGGUUCCUGGCAAGUCUUCUGUGUGCCUCAUACUACGACCCUCACUUAUGUCUCCCUCAGCUCUUGAUGAAGAAUGA